CAUCUGCUUCAUGCUCCCUAGAGAUCUCCACUCUUGCCAAUCCAGCAUCAUUCUUGUUCCUUUCCUCCACACCGUUUGGCAUCUCAGGAUAGUUCCUCUCAGAGCUUGAUUAUACCUAUCGAGCAGGGCUCUAUCUCUGGUCUCGUGGAAGUGUCAAGCUUACGCUCCUGACUUUUGCUUUUCUUAUUAACUCUUCCAGAGAGGUCGCCAUGGGUCAGCUCAUCUAUGCUUUCGUGGCCAGGGGCACUGUAGUCCUCGCUGAAUACACCUCUUUCAAAGGAAACUUCAACACCAUCGCUCUUCAGUGCCUGGAGAAGAUGCCUCAAGAAAAUAACAAGUUCACUUUCCCGCACGGUGGCCACACACUCAACUAUCUCCUGGAGAACGGAUAUGCAUACAUGGUCCUCGCGGACCAAGACGUCACUCGCCAAAUUAUCUUUGCCUUCCUGGAACGCAUCAAGGAUGACUUCAACGCCAGAUAUGCCAGCAAGGCUGCAAAUCUUGGAGCCCACGCAUUGAACAAGGAGUUUGGGCCGAAGCUGAAGGAGCAUAUGAAGUACGUGGCUGAGCACCCUGAGGAAAUGAGCAAGUUUGCCAAGAUAAAGGCACAAGUGGCUGAAGUGAAGGGUGUGAUGAAGGAUAACAUAGAAAAGGUUUUACAACGAGGCGAGAAGAUGGAGCUGCUGGCGGAGAAGGCAGACGUUCUGUCCACUCAGGCUAGUCAAUUCAAGAGGCAAGGCACUGAGAUCAAGAAGAAAAUGUGGUGGGAGAACAUGAAGGUUAAGGCUGUUGUGAUUGGCAUUUUGGUGGUGCUGGCCCUGAUCAUCUGGCUCUCCAUCUGUCAUGGCUUCACUUGCCAAUGAGCCCAGUACGAGGCUCACUGUACAUGUAGCCCAGAAAACGUCUCAGCUGAGCAUCGCCUUUGUGCUCGUUUUGCCAAUCUUUAGAUUCUUUAGCUUGCACCAACUUAUCUGAUUCUCCAUUAUUGAGGUACCACAUCAACUCAACGGUGAAGCUCGAUCGAUUGGUACCACCAGGAACUGUUUUGGUUUUAUAAUAAUUCUUUCACUGCAGC